AUGGCAACCACAACGAAAAGACACGACUGGGCCGACGACGAGGACGUCGACGAGGUCUCCACCGACCUCCCCCCUCCCCAGACGCUGACCAACAAGGACGGGACCAAGACGAUCAUCAGCUACCGCUACAACGACGAGGGCCAAAAGGUCAAGACGACGCGGCGGGUGCGCUACAUCACGCACACGGAGAAGGUGAACCCGCGCGUGGCGGAGCGCAAGGCGUGGGGCAAGUUCGGCGACAGCGCGCGGGACCCGGCGGGCCCGGCGCCGGACACGACCACGGUGGGCGAGAACAUCAUCUUCCGGCCCAGCGUCAACUGGCGCAAGGACCAGAAGGAGGAGGACAAGGACCCGAACGCCCAGGCCAUGAAGGACAAGCUCAAGGACAAGAAGGUCAAGUGCCGCAUCUGCAACGGCGAGCAUUUCACCGCCCGCUGCCCCUACAAGGAUACCAUGGCGCCCGCCGACGAGGCGGCGGCUGCCGCGGCCGACCUGGCUGGCGGUAUGGGCGACGAGCCGGCGGCCCCUGCGGCGGGGGGCGUCGGGGCCAAGAAGGGGAGCUACGUCCCGCCUGCGCUUCGUGGCGAUCGGGCUGGUACGGCGGCUGGGGAGAGGUUGGGUAGCAAGUUUGGUGAGAGGGAUGAUCUUGCCACGCUGCGUGUCACGAACGUAUCCGAGAUGGCGGAGGAGCAAGAACUGCGCGAUAUGUUCGAGCGGUUCGGCCGCGUCACGAGAGUGUUCUUGGCCAAGGACAGGGAAACGGGCCUGGCCAAGGGUUUCGCCUUCAUCAGCUUCGCAGACCGGGAAGACGCCGUCAAGGCGUGCAACAAGAUGGACGGCUUCGGCUUCAAGCAUCUCAUUUUGCGGGUCGAGUUUGCCAAGAAGGCGGCUUAG